AUGCAUUACUCACUCGGCCUGUUGCCCAUGCUUGGAGGCUUGCAUUCUUUCUCAGAGGCGAAGCCGCUGUACCAGCCCUCAGUGACCUUUCUCUCACCUUCGCAGAUCAGCCCAGGAAGCGCCCAGAACAUCGUUGUUGAGUAUGAUGGCGUGGUCAAUGGUGAGCUUGCGAUCACCUAUGAAACAUGUCACGAGGCUGUUGUCGUCUCGGAUGCGAAGCAGCGCAUCGGCGUAACUCACGUCGGCAACCACCCCCUAGCUGCGCGUCACAUCGACCACGAGGGCAGGCGCCCAAACAAGUUCGUCUGGUUGACCCCCACCGACGCUUCCGGGGGUUGCCUCCGCGCUUUUCUUGAUGGUGAACUCGUUGGACAGUCUGAGAAAAUACCGGUUGCCAAACUCAUGGCUCGACGAAGCGUGAAGAAGUCGUUUAUGGAGGUCGCAGGAGACGACAGCAUGUGGUUCGAUGGUGUGGCCUAUUUGCAGCAGAAGGAACCUGACGGAGCCUUUGUAGCAGCGGCAAAGAACAAGUCAUUUGGUAUCCUCGGCGCUGGUAUGUCUGGAUUGAUGUCAUCUUUACUAUUAGACUCCGUUGGAAUACAUAAUUGGAAGAUAUUGGAGUCUUCCGAGCGUCUUGGUGGUCGCUUUAGGACGGUCUACCUGAACGGUAGUUCCCCCGAGGAAGGUCAGUAUCACGAGCUUGGGCCAAUGCGUUUCCCGGUCGAGAUCACGGACUCCGAGACAAACGAGACAUUCCCAUUCAAUGAUCAGCGCAUCAUUUUCCAACUGGCCGACGUUCUCAACGAGCUCAACACCGGAAACGAAGCAGUCCAAGUCAAGUUCUGGAAUUGGAUUCAGAACUCUCCCAACACGCCCGUCGAUACUCCGUUUCGACGUCCUGAUGGGACCUUUCCUGGAAAGACUGAGGUGGCAACCGACCCUGCCUACUACAACCCCACCGUCUACCACAACGCCACCGCUGCAUCGGAGGCCAUCGCUGCUCUGGAUAAGUUCAAGGGCCUCGACACGAAACGUAUCCGCAUGUAUGCCAGUAACAUCUUCGCUGCCUACAAGCAAGCUAAGGAUGAUGGUAUGUUCGAUUACUCCGAGGUCUCCUACCUCCGAGAUGUGAUCAAGACCGACCUGAAUACCACUGAUGAGGUUACACCGUCCCAUAUUUAUUGGCCUAUGUGGGAAUACGAAACUGUCUACUUUCUCGCUAGCAAGUGGGUUACUGUCCAGGGCGGUCUCAGCAGGCUUCCUGCUGCCUUCGAGCCUUUGAUGAAGGACAGAAUCCAGUAUGGUGCUAAAGUCAACGGUUUGCGCUACAAUGAGGACAAUAAGAGUCUUUCUGUCUCCUGGAAACCAACCGGGGCCGAUCCCUUCGAGACCUCUGAAAGCAUCGAGAACUUUGACUAUGUACUCAACAGUGUCCCACUCAACUUGAUGAAGUUUUGGGACAUGCCCCCAUACUCGAGCCUUUUGAAACGUGCCAUCGAUCGAACCCUGUUCGGCAAUGCUGUUAAAGUGGCUGUUCAGUUUAAGACUCGAUUUUGGGAGCACCUCGAGCGGCCUAUCCUUGGCGGUUGCACCCGUCUCACCAAACCACAACUUGGCCAGGUUUGCUACCCCUCCUGGGACUUGAACGCUACCGGUCCCGGCACGUUACUGGCUUCUUACCUCUCCGAUUACGAGGCCACUGUCGCGUGUGCUAUGUCGGAGCAGGAGCACCUUGCCUACAUUAAACGGGCGCUCACUCAAGUCCACGGCGAUGUCGUUGAAGAGAACUGGACAGGCAAUUACGCACGGCACUGCUGGGAGCAGGACCAACAUCAUGCCGGUGCUUUUACAAUGCAGAUCUUCUCACAGCAAGAUCUCUACCUUCCUGCUUUCUAUCAAACUCAGUUCAACACUAUAUUCAUUGGUGAAGCGGCUACUUUCACGCAUACUUGGACUUUUAGUGCUCUCGAAAGUGCUCUUAGGGGAACUGUUCAGCUGCUCCUAGACAUGGGUCUCGUUGAUGAGGCGAAGCAGAUCACUAACACUUGGAUGGCGCGCUUCAUUGACAUAUAG